GCUAAUUAAAUAAGAAUUUCGAAAUCAAAUUAAGUUUGUUUUCGUAAUAAAAAUAUAAAAUAAUCACAUAACAAUAAUGCACAUGAGCUUCCAAGAUAAAGAAAAAAAUUUGAUUUAGAUUUUUUUUUCAGUUAAAUUAUAAUUUCCGUCCAUGAAUAUACAUACAUACAAUAUAAAAUAAACGAAUAGAAUAUUACAAUAUUUUUCGGUAAUUAAAAUCAUGUCUGAAUAUUUUGAAUUUGAUUCACUUAGAAAAAGUCACCAACAGUGCUUUGAAUUUAUCACAUUAAAUAAAUCCUGUUUAACAAAGACUAAUUUUGAUGAUGAACAACAAAGAAAAUCAGCUUUAAAUAAACUACGUGAAAAAAUUGGUUCCAGUAUUGAUUACGCUUUAAAAGAUAAAUCUUGCUUAUAUGAUGAAGACUUUUUAAAUCGUUUUCUAUUUGCUAGAAAAUUUGAUUCAGAUUUAGCAUAUAAUUUGCUCAUUAAUUAUUUUCAGUAUAAGGAACGUUAUAAAGACACUUUAUUAAAAAAAUUAAAUAUAUAUGAUCCUAAAAUACAAUUGGCAAUCCGGGAAGGAUGCCCGUACAUAUUAAAAGAACGAGAUCGUAAAGGCAGAAAAAUAUUGGCAUUUUUUGCAUCUAAUUGGAGUACAUCAUUUUUAUUGGAGGAUAUUUAUAGAGCUUUAUUAUUAUCAUUGGAAAAACUAUUAGAAGAUAGACAAAAUCAAUCAUGUGGGUUUGUUGCAAUAGUAGAUUGGACAAAUGUUACAUUUAAACAGUCUUCUCAGCUUAAUCCACUAAUAUUAAAAAUAAUUGCAAAUGGUUUACAAGAUAGUUUUCCAGUACGUUUCAAAGCUGUUCAUUUUGUCGGUCAACCAUGGUAUAUAGAAAUAGCUUUUACUGCUAUGAAACCUUUUUUAACUGAAAAAAACUGGGAUAGAAUAAAAUUUCACAGCAGAAAUUUUUUCUCUUUACAUAAUUAUUUCCCAAAAGAUGUUCUUCCAGCUGAAUUAGGUGGUGAAGCAAUACAUUUAAAUUCGACUGAUUGGCUCAAUCAACUUAUUGAAUCAAAUAAGGAUGACAUUAAAUCUCAUAAAAGCUACAAACUGGUAGAUAAUAUAGGAUUAUUACCAAAUUUUGACAAUAAUACUGUUUAGGGUAUUUUUUUUUCUAGUAUUUUUUCAUUGUAAAAAAAAAAUUUUUUUAUUAUAUUGACUUGUACUAUGUAAUUUAUAUCACAUACGAAUUGUAAACUACCUACUAGGUACCCCAAUAAAUAUUUUAGCUGUCCGCUACUACUUUUAAGAAAAAAACACCUCUCAUUACAAUCCUUUUUUAGAAUAUGUAUUGUAUGUAAUAUCAUAACUUGAUUGUUUCAUCCAAAAUCAAUGUAACAUUAUCUCGACCAAUAUUUUUAUAAUACAGUGAUACGAAAAAGUGAAUUUCGGUAGCUUAUAUUGUUAAAUUUUAACUAACUAGAACUACAAAAGUAAACAAUAGAAUUGUGUUGCAUGGCAAGUUAAGAUUUAACAAUCAUAAAUUUACUCAGUAUCAUUAAUUGAAAAAAUAAGUUUUCAUAUUUGGACAGCGUAUUUAUUGAGGUCUCUAGUAUUAUAUGUAUUCAAUUUCUAUAAUUUUAUUUUAGCACGAGUGAGUAUUAUUACUAUUUAAUUGUAUUUUUGGAGACAAUGUUUUAAAGACUUUUCUAAAUAAAAAAAGA